CCUAGAAGGUUGUUUAGAGCAGUGUGGGGUCAUCAAACACUUUGGGAAUAGAGAUUCAAUCCACCAAAAGAAAAAAAAAAAAGACAACUUGACAUCAAAAGUAAAAAAAAAAAAAAACAAAAAAAACCCACAGGUUUAGAUACUCAAAGUUCUCUACAUAUAAUUUUAAAAAUUAGUAAAAUAUAGCUGCAGACUUUGGAUCAAUGAUUUAAUUUCAUUUCCAAGAAGCUCUUGCGAGUCAGGGAGCCAAUUUUAAGGAUAGUUUAAUCUUCUGCUUCAAAGAGGAGAACUGGAAAAGUUAAAAGUGGAAGUAGGUUUCCACACUCUUCCUUUGUGGAUUUUGAAGAAAAAUAAAGCCUCUACCAGGUACUAUGAAUUUAAAGCUAACAGACCUUUGGGUAUCCCCCACUCUGAGAAUCACAAGUUUUGCCUUUGCCAUCACUUAGCCAAGUUUCACACAAAGCUGGAAUAAUUUGGAACCCAACUCAGCAAAACCCAAACUUUCAGCUAAGAAUAUGUCUGUAAAGCAUUUUUAGUAAGCCUAAAACAGGUGUCUUUCAUAAUGUGGGACAGUUUAAAAAGUUUAAUACUGCUUUCAGGUGUGGCUGCUUAUGGAAGUAACAGGCAAGCUGUGCAUCCCAUCACAUGUUACUGUCUCUCAGCCUCAGUGCUGAAUCUCUUUUUUUAUAUGUAAAUGCUUACUUAGCUCAAGCAACCAUAAGCCACUGCCUAUUAACUUAAAUGUUAAUUUUAAACCACCAGAAAUUUUGCUGGGAGCAAAUGCAAGAAGAAAGCAACUCUGUAGUUAUUUAUACCUUUGCUCUAUUCAAAAUGCAAAUACCAGUUAAAUGGCCUCCUCCUUUUCUUACUUAUCCCUUAUUCCUUUAUCCUGAUCAUUUAACCUUUUGUUUUAUUUUUAUAUUUUUCUGGUAGAAAUAGCAUCCUUUCUGUAGUGUUACAUGAUCUGAAACCUCUGUCUCAUCUAUGAGUAAAUAAUCUGUCUCAUCUGUGAGUAAAUAAUCAACUUUUCUUGAUAAAAAAUAUCCUUCUGCAAAUGACUCUGGAUAUGAUCUACAGCUCAUGGGAAUUAUAAGAUAUGGAGACCCACAGAAGAUAUGAACACUGGCUGCCAGAGGAAUGUAUCAUGUGCUGCAAUGAAAGAAAGAUUACUGAUAGCUUAAGAAGGGCACAGAAAGCUUGAUUGAGGGAGUGUGUGGAACUGAAUGAGAUGGCCAAUCCUGGUACAUUUCUUCCCCACUAGGAGGCUGAGGUGAUCAGUCUAAUUAUCAAAAACCUCUUUCCCAGAAAUAGAAUGUAAGUGCUCUGGUUCAGAGGGAGCAGAAUGUAGUAGGCUCAGGAAGUAUUUGUGGAGCCAACUAUUUUAUCUGUAGCUAUAUUUCCCUUGAGCAGCAACUCUCAUUUCUGUGAGAGCCCCUGGUUCAAUACCCUUGGGUCUGCCAGCAUUCUGAAUGGAAUAAAACCAAUGUUAUUCUUGAUCCAAACCCAGAUAAAGUGCACCCCAGCAGGGGACUCAAACUCACUUCUUAACAAUGAUUCCACAAAGGUUGCAGGUUGACAGAAAUUUAUCGACUCACAAGAAACAUUUUAUCAUUUCCUUUCUAUUUGGCUCUACCCUUAACAACAUGGGGGACAGUCCUUAGAGUCAUGUACCACAGAUACAGAAACAGCAGCAAAAACCACUUCUGAGGCAUUUUAAUCUUGCUCAGCUCUGGCUCCUGCAGCCAGGCCUAUCAUGAGCACAAGCAGCCCCAGAGCUUUUUCUACCCAGGAACUGCCUCCACAACACCCAGAUCUUACCUGCACACUUUCUUACCUUCACACUUUGCCUUGCUCAACCCCCGAAUACAGAGGCAAGGAGAAGUACACUGGCUACCCACUUGCCAAGGGGGCUCCAGAUUGCACAUGGGUCCAGAAUCAGGUACAGAGCAGAUUUUAAAAAGAAACAAAUAAAACCAAAAGCUGGUUCUUAAGGAUCAUUUCAGCUCUAGAACCCAGGAGAAAGUCUACUGGAAUAGCCUGCAUUCCAUAGCACAGAGAAGAAAUAUUGGAGAUCCUACAUAUGAGAGGUUUCCGCCACCGUGUUGCAAAGGCCCCUUGCAAGGUAUUACACUCUUCAUUUCAUCCUGAAGUCUGUUUCAGCAGCUGGUGAUCACUAUUCCCAAACUCACACUUCUAGCCAAAUAAAUGGAACAUUUGCAAGUUGGCCAAAGUCCUACAGUACAGCAAUUUACAAGGGUUCUAGCCAGUGCUCUCUCAAAAGUUCCUUGCACUUUUGUUAAACUGUAGCAUCACUUACACAAAAUACACUCUGACAGUGAUUGCUUACUGAGGAGAUAGAGCACCAGAAGGAAAGCAGUGUAUAUUGUCAUAGGCACGACACAAGGCCAAGGAUUUGGAAAAGAAGUUGCUUCUCCAUUUACAUGGACUGGAAGUACAGAAAGAGUGCAAACUAUAAAGGUAUUGAUGAACAUCAGAGAAAUCAAAGUCUCAAGCCAACUUUCCAGCUGAUGUGAUCCAGUGCAGCCCCACAGUCUUCAACGAAGAUAAGCCUUAUGCUACUGAAACACAGUUGCUUUCUGGGGAAGGAAUUAUGAUUCCACGUGGAGAGAUAAAAGGGGGCUUCCAGUGAAAGCCUUGGAAAAACAAAUAGUUUGCUGCUCAGCUGUAUGCACUGGUGCAGCUGCACUGGCUUCAGACAUGUAGCAAGGUGCUACAUGAUUUGGCCUAGAAACUACAGAACAAAGAAAAAAAAUGUUCUCACCUGCCUAUUGCUUCAAAUAGCUGGUGUUAAGCAAGUUCUGGCCAGCACUGGCUAUCAGCAUGGUCACAGAGCCCCAGCUCUUUGAGUGGUAUGUUUUCUGUGUGCAAGGGGAUCACAUCAGGCACAGUGAGCACAAGCAGAGUUGUCAGUUGCAGAGUUGUGCUCAGGCUUUUUUCUCCAUGCUGCACAUAACAGGAGACAGCCUUUUCACCAGUGCUUUCCUUUCACUUUCCUACUAGCUUAACCCAUUUCUCCAACACAAAGGUUUUCCAGCUGCUACACAGAAGUCAUAAUCCAGCUGAAAAUCUCAUAGAGAGAAAAUGCAACAACACUAGACCACAUUAUUGUUCCUGGGGGGGAAAAUGGAACCAGACCAUCCCCUUCUGCUGGAGAACGUACAGCCCUCCAAGUUAGUGCUUAUUAAGGUAAAGUUGUAUAAAUUGAGCUGCAGUGGGCAGCACAGCCCAACUACUUCAACUAAUGCAUUUAUGUGGAGUCCUUCUGUGGCUCUUCUCUGGGUCUCUGCUUCAACUUCUAUGAGCUGCAGCAUGUGAGCUGAGCCCUAGCCAGCAAAUAGCUCUAGUCGUGCCACACAGAUUCCUGCUUUGGAGUGGAGGGAUCUGCAACAGCCAACCACAUAAAGCAAGAUACCUGAGGUCUGAGCCAGCUCGGGACAAUAUGAGCUCCAAGGGCAGACUUGCUUUCUACUCUUCCCCUCCUGCCCCGCACCGAUGCAGCAAGGGGAGGGGGGCAGCUUUGCCAGGUCUGUUACUCUUCCACCCCGCUGGGCGACCCUUGCCCUCGGCCAGAGGCAGCACGGACACCAGGCUGCUCCGGGAGAACCGGGGUCCGCAAGCAGAGGAGGACAGGCGGGACGGAGAGCGGAGCGGGCUCGCAGCAAGGACAGCUCCGCACAGAGAAAGCGGGAGCUCCGGGUGCCCGGGAGCAGCGGCCGGGCCCGGGGGGUGGGGGCUGAUCUCGAGCCCUGACGUAAAAACUAAGCGGGGCUGCCCGCUCCGGCUUCUUAAGGAGCGCGGCGGCGGCAGCGGGCUCGGAGAGCCCUGCCCUGGCCGGAGCCUGCCCGAGUGACAUAAUGCAUCUUGGAAGCAGAAGAAGAAUCCCCUGCACCAUGAGGCUCACCUGUUCUCUCCUGCUCAUGGCAGUGUUCUGUGUGACACCUUUGCUCUGCCACAGCCAAGUUGAUCCACUGGCUCUUGGGCGGGCAGACCCCCAGUGCUGGGAAUCCUCCUCGGCUAUUUUACUGGAGAUGAGGAAGCCUCGCAUUUCUGACUCUGUCAGUGGCUUUUGGGACUUCAUGAUCUUUCUGAAAUCCUCAGAGAACUUGAAACAUGGGGCUUUGUUCUGGGACCUGGCUCAGCUCUUCUGGGAUAUCUAUGUGGACUGUGUGCUCUCCAGAACCCAUGGGCUGGGGAGAAGGCAGCUGUCAGAAGCUGUCAGAAGCCCCAAGAUGGCUACUCUACAUUCUCAGUUCACAAGGAGAAACCAAGGGAUGUUUUCUCAUAUUCAGAGGUCACCAGUUCUGAAGAAGAAAGACUCAUUUGAAGAUUUAAUAAGUAUCCAUAUACAUAAGAGUAGAUCUAUAUUACUCGGCAGAGUCAUUGGAAAGCUAGGAAAAAAGAGGAAAUUACACAUUUAGUCUAAGAUUUUGAUUUGUGGAUAAUUU